UCAGUGACACGCGUGGGGUGUGUCCAAAACACACACGUCAGGACUUCAGCUCACAGUCUCUUAGUUUGGAUUCGUAUGAAUUAAACAUACACCGAACAAGAGAGAGUGAAAGCGAGAGAGAAAGCAGCACUAAACAUCAGCUCAUGCUCAGCCUGUCGUGUUGUCUGUCCUGUGACUCAGAGAUCAUAUGGUAACACAGGAGUAAACUGGUUCACACAUCAGACAUGGAGCACGUCCAGCUGAUAGUCAAUUGAGGAGAUCUAUCUCAUGACAGCCUAUGUAGAGAUGUCGGGUGACACAAGUACAUUGUCAUGGAAACCGCCUUCUCCCGGUCCACCACAGGCGUCCGCCGGUGCCGUCGACAAUAAAUGCACGGGGCCGGUGAAAAUCCUCAAAGUGUGCUUUAUAAGCAACAGUGCCAAUCUGGGCAAGAACUUCAAGCUGGUCAAAUGUGAAAGUUCCUGGAAUAUCAGGAAAAUUAUUAAGUCCAUCUUGGACAGCGGACGACUCGGUCCCAACAUCAAGUUCUCAGAAUGCUACGGUCUGCUGCUCAAACACCUCAAAUCAGACGAGGUUCACUGGCUGCACCCCAACCUCACUGUAGCAGAGGUGGAGCAGAAAUAUGAACAGCAGCACGUCGAGGCCGAGUGGAGAUAUGACUUGAGAAUCCGUUACAUUCCUCCUGAUUUCCUGGACAAGUUAAAGGAUGACAAAACUACAAUGCUCUACUUCUACCAGCAGGUUCGCAGUGACUACAUGCAGCACAGCGCCAGGAAAGUUAGUGACGGGAUGGCGCUGCAGUUGGGCUGUAUGGAGAUCAGGAGGUUUUAUAAAGACAUGAAUGCCAGUGGCUUGGAGAAAAAAUCUAACUUUGAGCUGCUGGAGAAAGAAGUUGGUCUGGAUUUGUUCUUUCCUCAAGAAUUAAUCGAAAGUAUGAAGCCGAAACAGCUACGGAAACUGAUCCAGCAAACAUUCCAGCAGUUUGCAAUGCUGAAGGAAGAGCAGUGCAUCAUCAAGUUCUUUGAGACAUUAUCCGUCUUUUCCAGUUUUGAUGAAGAGGUUUUUCCUUGUGAGCUGGUGCAAGGAUGGAGCAUCUCUGUGGAUCUAGUCAUUGGGCCCAAAGGUAUUCGGCAACGUACAGACAAAAGCUCUGUGCCGGUCUGUCUGGCCACAUUUGCGCAAAUUCGAAGUAUUAAAUGCACACCUCAGAACGACGGAAAGACGCUGCUACAUAUAGAUAUAGAAGGAGCUAAACAGCCUUUGUCCAUCAGCACAGCCUCUCUGGCCGUUGCAGAGAACAUGGUGGAUUUAAUCGAUGGCUACUGUCGUUUGGAGCACGGAAAUGAUGCAACUUUAAUAGUGCGGCCCAAAGACAGAGAAUCUCGAAUCUCUCUACCUCCUGUACCCAGCAGAAUGGAAGACACCAGGUCUGACAAGGAAAGCAAAAAUUCAGAUAUUUAUGCAGAGAUACCAGAAGACUCACCAGUUUCAACUUGUAAAUUCAGCAUCUCCCGAAAUGACAUUGUCCUCGGCCGGAUUCUAGGUGAAGGUUUCUUUGGUGAGGUGCAUGAUGGCAUCUAUAAAAGCAAGACUGGAGAGCGAGUGAAUGUGGCUGUAAAGACAUGCAAGGACUGCACGGCUGAUGUGAAGGAAAAGUUCAUGAGCGAAGCUUUGAUCAUGAAGAAACUGGACCAUCCGCACAUUGUGAGACUCAUAGGCAUUAUCGAAGAGGAUCCCGUGUGGAUUGUCAUGGAGCUUUACAAGUAUGGAGAGCUAGGAAAUUACCUGCUAGAGAACAAGCACAAAUUAACCACAGUCACGCUGAUCCUGUACAGUCUUCAGAUCAGUAAAGCUCUUGCCUACCUAGAGGGCGUUAACAUGGUACACAGGGACAUUGCUGUGAGAAACGUGCUGGUCGCCACACCGGACUGUGUGAAACUGGGAGACUUCGGCUUGUCCCGAUACAUAGAAGAGGAGGAGUAUUACAAAGCCUCUGUGACUCGAUUACCUAUCAAAUGGAUGGCGCCAGAGUCCAUCAACUUCAGACGCUUUACCUCGGCGAGUGAUGUCUGGAUGUUUGCGGUUUGCAUGUGGGAGAUUAUGAGUGGAGGUCAGCAGCCGUUCUUCUGGCUGGAAAACAAGGAUGUGAUAAACCAGCUGGAGCAGGGCGUCCGUCUGCCCAAACCCGAGCGGUGCCCACCGACACUUUACUCCCUCAUGACCCGCUGCUGGGCCUACAGCCCCCGUGAGAGACCCAGCUUCACCGAGCUUGUGUGCAAGCUGAGUGAUGUUCAUAAAAUGGAGAAGGAAGUGGAGAAGGAGGAGCUAAGAAACAGACCACGCUCCGUAAAUAUAACCCCAUUUACUGAUGCUCCACCAAAGCCGUCAAGAAUCAAACCAUCAGGUUUCAGCACUCUCAAUCCACGUCUACAUCUCCAGCUGCCCGAUUCUCUGCGCGUAAGUUCGUCAGUCCUCGCCAGCCCACCAGACUGGCGCUCUGUGCUCGCGUCCGGCUGUACGCUGACCUUGCCGGCGUCCCCGCGCCGUUGCAGUAUGGGGGAGCGAGGUUUGCUGGAGCCCAACAGUAAGGAAGACACCCAGCGGCUGUGGGAAAUGGAGAGGCAGCAUGUGCAGGAAACUUUAAGGAGGCAGAAACAGGAAAUGCUGGAGGACAACAAGUGGCUGGAGAAAGAAGAGAAGCUUCUGGAUCCAUUUGCCAACGAUGACACAAAGGCUAAAGUGAUGUCAGAAAAUGAGACAAGCCAAGCUCCUUCCCAGGCUCCUCCAGAGAAGCCCCCGCGGGUGUCCGCUCAGCCGGCGCCCACAGCAGAACUGGACCGCACGGAUGACAUGGUUUAUCAUAACGUGAUGGAGAUGGUGAAGGUCGUGGUGCAGCUGAAGAACGAUGUCAACACAUUACCAGCCUCAGAGUAUGUCAAUGUGGUGAAGUCGGUAGGAAUGACGUUGCGCAGUCUAAUCAACAGUGUUGACGACAUCCUUCCCACUCUACAUGAGUCCAUCAGAACAGAGAUUGAAGGAACUCAGAAGUUGCUGAAUAAGGAUCUGGCCGAGCUAAUCAGCAAGAUGCGUCUGGCUCAGCAGAACGCCGUCACGUCUCUAAAGGACGAGUGUAAGAAACAGAUGCUGACAGCCGCUCACACGCUGGCCAUGGACUCCAAAAACCUUCUGGACGCUGUGGACCAGGCCAGAGUACGAGCCAAUGUGGCCAAACCCGCCACACCCUAGAUCUGAGCCCUGAUUAGACGUCAGACGGGCGGUGUCAUCCAAUGAGAAAGCUGGAGGAUGAAAUCAGUUGUAAAUGACCUGGUACACUUUGCUUUAUUUAUGCUUUUGAAUGAGAAUGAAAGCAGUGCUUUCGACGUUGAAUGUUUUCAGAUAUAUUUUGACAAGGUUGAAAGUUAAAGAUGUUUAAUCUCAGGAAAGUUUGUGAGAGGAAAUAAACACACUUUUGCAGUUUUGUCAUGUCAGAGUAUUAACUUAUUUAAUUCUCUAAGUAUGUUUUUAUAGAAAAUAAAUGCAACAUCAAUAUAAUUUGUAUUUCUGUCAAACGAAUAAUUGCGAUUAAUCGCAUCCAAAAUAAAAGUUUAUGUUUACAUACUAUAUGUGUGUUUACUCUGCAUAUUUAUUAUGUAUAUAUAAAUACACACACAUACAUGUAUAUAUUUUAAAAAUAUUUAUGUGAAUAUAAAAUAUUUUUCCUUAAUAUAUACAUGUAUGUGUGUGUAUUUACACAGACAUAUAGUAUGUAAACAAACUUUUGGAUGCGAUUAAUCACGAUUAAUCAUUUGACAGCCCUGAAUAUCUAUACAGCACGACUGAUUUAGAAGCACAAAACUACUUUUAAUCAUUUAAUGUCAGUCUUGCAGUGAUAUAUUCAGUAUAUUUUGAAAAUAAAUUGAGAGCUCACUGUUUGACCACUCACUGAAAUACAAUGUCAAGUCAAUUUGGAUUACUAAAUAUUUGUGACAUUAAUUAUGACUCAAAAAAUUCUGAAUUGCAAUAUAUAAACUCAACAACAAAACAAAAAAAAAUGUAAAAAAAAAAAAAAAAAAAAAAAAAAUUAUUUAAUUUUUUUAACAUUUCUGUAUCACAGUUUGGAGUAUAAAACUUGAAAUUCAGACUUUUGUCUCAAAAUUGGAUUGUUUUAGUGUUUGUUGUUUUUAGUGUCUCUGUAAAAUUAAAAUAUAUUAACAAAUUUAUGUAUUUUCAGUGUAAUUUGAAAAUUGGUUAAGAGUUCACCUUUUAACUAAUGAAAUUUGUCAUUUGGAUUAUUUAAUAAAGAUUUGUACAUUACAAAGAUCACUUUUAGCCUGUUGAAUAUUUUAAUAUGUUAAACUGACAUAUUCAAUUCAUUCUUUCAUUUCUUUUUAUUGAAGGUAAUUAGCAAGUUUUUUUGCCUAUAGCAGAAACAAGCUUGACUUUUUUUCUUGUAGUCGUG